CUGAAAGACGAUGCGAUGCUUCUCCCUGCCUUCCAGAUCUGUGACAAGGAGUGGCACUACUACGUGAUCAACGUGGAGUUUCCUGCAGUGACGCUCUUCGUCGACGGCGUGACCUACGAGCCAUACCUGGUGACGGACGAUUGGCCGAUUCAUUCCUCAAAGAUUUAUACCCAGCUGACUGUGGGUGCCUGCUGGCAAGGUGGCGAGGUGGCAACGCCGAGGUUCACUCAGUAUUUCCACGGCAGCCUCUCCGGUCUGACGAUCCGACCGGGCCGCAUUGAAACCCAGAAGGUUAUCUCCUGCUUGCAGGCCUGCAAAGAAGGGCUUGACAUUAACUCCCUCGAAAGCCUUGCUAAGGACAUAAAGUUUCACUUCAACCCGGCCCAGUCGGUGCUGGUGGUGGAAGGAGAGGAUGUGGACAGCAUCAACACAGCCAUGACCAAAGUCUCUUACAUCAACUCUCGGCAGUUCCCCACACCCGGCCUCAGGCGGCUGCACAUCUCCACAUCUGUACAGUGUUUUGGAGAGGACACGUGCGUCUCCAUCCCGGACAUCAAGGCGGUGGUCAUGGUGCUGCCGCCCAGUGAACCCAGAAUCACCAUUUCAGGAUCCAAGCAGCUCGUCAGACCCGCCAGCGUCCUCCGCAGCCCGCUGGGCGUGGCGCCCUUCAAAGAGCUGCGGAUCACCAGCACGGUGAUGAAGAGCGACAGCUUUGGGGGAUUCCGCCGGCCAGGGGUGAUGGAGGUGAUGCACAACCUGGACUACUGUGAUGUGCUUGUAAUCGGAGACGAACUGGAACCAGAGAGAGAGAGCCUGGAGAUUCAGCACAGCGCUUUACUGGGAAAGCACCUCGAUGCCACCAACUCCACCUCUGGAAUAUCAAUAUAUGGUGUGGACUCCAUGGCCCACUAUGAGCAGGUCCUGAGGCAGCUGCGCUACAGGAACUGGAGACCCGCCUCUCUGACGGAGAGAAGGUUCAGACUUACCUGCUCCGAACUCAACGGACGCUACACCAGCAACGAGUUCAACCUGGAGAUCAGCGUCCUUCACCACACUGCGCCCAUGGAGCACGUCAAUCACAUGGCCGCCCAGUCCCAGUACAUGAGACCGGUCCAUCACCCGCUGAUGAUCCACACCCCGAACUCACACAUGUCAGGUCCAGCGCCCCCUGCAGCCACAGUUGUCAUUGUGGUGUGCAUCGCCGCCCUGGUGAUCAUCGUGGUGAUCGGGAUCUACAGGAUCCACGCCACGCACCAGGAGGGCUCCAGAGACGAGGAGGAUGAAAUCAAGGAUCCAGAGUCGGACUGGGAAGGCUCUGGGCUCAACAUCACCGUCAACCCCAUGGAGGACAUGAAAGGACCCCAGGCGCCGGGAGAAGCUGCGAGAGGAGAAGAAUGUGAGGAGGAGGAUGAAGAAGACGACGUUGAGCUGGUGGGAGGCAUGACGAUCGUUGAAUCAGACAGCAGCGAUGAAGACGAAGAGGAGGGGAACAAAGGAAGAGAAGAGGUUAACGGGAAGAAGCAGAAGGGGAAACCUGAGUGGGACAGUUCAUGUGGAACAUACUGAGCACACACACAGGAAUCCGUCUACACAAACACAGUGGCUUUAUCUUUCUCAACUGCAGACACACACACACGCAUACACUAUGCAGGCAUUAACACAUGCUUGUCACAUCUACACACACACACAUAAAUUGUCUGAUGAAAUAAAUUACAAUCUUUUGCUGGAAAAAUACAUAAAUUCUCCCAUAUUGUCGUUUUUGAAGUAAUAUCGCCCUCUUCUGGACAAAGUCAAACAUUAUACAGUUAGCUGCAGUGCCACAGUGCUGGAAGUCAUUAUCCGAGUGUUUGCCAUUAUUCCCGCCUCCGACAGUGAGGCAGAGCAUCCAUAAACACACAAAG